GGUGGGGGGGAAAAAAAAACAGAUAUGGACUAUUACUAUUUAUUAGUUUCUUAUUUUAUUCCGUUGCUUUUGCUGAAGUCCAGACUUCCAGCUGCAAACACAGAAGAUGCACUGCUCUCUGGCGAGUUUAGCGAUUAUGGACUGAUUGUACCGUUCUCGACCGAUGCUCAGGGUCGCUAUGUCUCGCACCUGGUGUCGGCUGCAGGCGAUGCUGAUGCUGAGCUGCGCUCCGGGCGGCGUGUGGUCAGGAGCGCAGUGCCCCGGGACGGCCCCGGAGCCCGAGACCUGUACUUCAACCUCACGGUGUUCGGGAAAGAGCUGCACUUACGCUUGAAGCGCAACGACCGACUGGUGGCUCCCGGCGCUGCGCUGGAAUGGCAGGAGGGUUUCCACGACUUGUUCGCCGAGCCGAUCCGGGCAGACUGCGUGUUUUCCGGGGACAUCACAGACAUGCCCGGAGCCAGUGUGGCCAUCAGCAACUGCGAUGGGCUGGCUGGAUUAAUCCGUAUAAACAGUGGUGAGUUUUUCAUAGAGCCAUUGGAAAAAGGGCAGCAAUUGGAGGAAGAGAAGGGUCGAGUUCAUGUGGUAUAUCAUAGGUCAUCUAUCAAACAAGAAGUAAAAGGUCAACAUAUUGAAGCCACAGAAUUUGGUGUUGGUGACCUUUCAAACUCUUUAGACAUCAUUGAGGGGGAGCUAAGUCAUCGGGAACGAAAAAGAAGGCAUGCAAAGAAAGAUGACUACAACAUUGAAGUUCUGUUGGCAGUAGAUGAUUCUGUUGUCCGAUUCCAUGGAAAAGAGCAUGUGCAGAACUAUGUUCUGACACUAAUGAACAUUGUUGAUGAAAUCUACCACGAUGAAUCAUUAGGUACCCAUAUCAACAUAGUAUUGGUCAGGAUGAUCAUGGUAGGCUACAGACAGUCGAUCAGCUUGAUAGAGCGUGGGAAUCCUUCUCGUAGUUUGGAGCAAGUUUGCCGCUGGGCUCAUUCACAACAGCGCUCUGAUCCAGAACACGCCGAGUAUCAUGAUCACGCCAUAUUCCUUACCAGGCAAGAUUUUGGCCCCGCAGGUAUGCAAGGUUAUGCUCCAGUGACAGGCAUGUGCCAUCCACUUCGAAGCUGUACACUCAACCAUGAAGAUGGAUUCUCCUCUGCAUUUGUGGUCGCCCAUGAAACUGGACAUGUGCUUGGAAUGGAGCACGAUGGUCAAGGCAAUCGUUGUGCUGAUGAGACGAGUAUGGGCAGUAUCAUGGCACCUUUGGUACAGGCUGCUUUCCAUCGCUACCACUGGUCUCGCUGCAGCAAACAAGAACUUAGCCGAUAUAUACACUCUUAUGAUUGCCUUCUGGAUGACCCAUUUGAACACAAGUGGCCAAAGCUACCAGAACUUCCUGGAAUCAACUACUCCAUGGAUGAGCAGUGUCGUUUCGAUUUUGGAGUGGGUUAUAAAAUGUGCACAGCGUUCCGAACCUUUGAUCCCUGCAAACAAUUAUGGUGCAGUCAUCCUGAUAACCCCUACUUCUGCAAAACCAAAAAGGGUCCUCCGUUAGAUGGCACAGAAUGCUCCCCAGGAAAGUGGUGCUUUAAGGGUCACUGUAUUUGGAAAACUUCAGAUCAGCCCUAUAGUCAAGAUGGAAGCUGGGGCUCCUGGACAAAGUUUGGGACCUGUUCAAGAACCUGUGGUGGUGGAGUGCGUUUCCGCAGCAGACAGUGCAGUAAUCCCCAGCCAGCCUAUGGUGGACGAGAUUGUCCUGGUCUUAAUCAUGAGUACCAAGUCUGCAAUUCGGACGAUUGCCCUGGGCGUUUUGAAGAUUUUCGGGCUCAGCAGUGUCAACAGCGAAAUUCCUAUUAUCUUUAUGAGAAUAUCAAGCAUACCUGGCUCCCUUACGAGCAUGAUGAUCCUGCUCAAAAAUGUGAACUGAUUUGCCAAUCCAAGGAAACCGGAGAUGUGGUGUUUAUGAAUCAGGUCGUACAUGAUGGUACACGUUGUAGUUACAGCGAUCCCUACAGUCUAUGUGCUCGAGGGGAAUGUGUGCACGUGGGUUGUGAUAAAGAGGUUGGUUCUUUUAAACAAGAUGAUAAAUGUGGUGUUUGUGGCGGUGACAACGCACAUUGUCGAACAGUAAAAGGAACCUUUGCUAAGACUCCCAAACGAACGGGCAUGUUCAAGAUAUUUGAAAUACCAGUAGGAGCAAGACAGCUUCAGAUUGAAGAAACCGAGCCAUCGAAGAAUAUUCUUUCUGUGAAGAAUCAAGCAACUGGAAAUUUCAUCCUGAAUGCCAAGGGUGAGGAUUCAAAACCCAAAUCAUUUAUAAACAUGGGUUUGGAGUGGGAGUACACCAUUGAAGAUGAUAAGGAAAUUCUUAAAUCCAAUGGUCCUUUACAUGAUAAUAUUGUCGUCUUUAUUCUUCCUCAACGUGAUGACACUAAAUCAAGCUUGAUGUAUAAGUACAUUAUUCACGAAGACCUGCUUCCUGUGAUUGGCAAUAAUAAUGUGCUCCUGGAAGAGACUGAUACUUAUGAAUGGGCUUUGAAGAGUUGGUCGCAGUGUUCAAAGCCUUGUGGAGGAGGGAUACAGUACACAAAGUACGGUUGCAGAAGAAAAAGUGACAACAAGAUGGUACACAGGAACUUUUGUGAUAACAACAAGAAGCCAAAACCUAUAAGGAGACGCUGCAACCUUCACGAAUGCACACAGCCAUCGUGGAUCACAGAGGAAUGGGGAUCUUGCAGUAAAACAUGUGGGAAAGUGGGAUACCAGACAAGAGUUGUACAGUGUGUUCAACCUCUCCAUGGUGGCACUAAUCGAACAGUCCACACCAAGUACUGUAAUGGAGAACGUCCAGAUGGUCGAAGACCUUGCAACCGUGCACCAUGUCCAGCACAAUGGCGUACAGGCGCCUGGUCUAAGUGCUCUGUGACUUGUGGAGAGGGUAUUCAGCAGAGACAAGUGGUAUGCCGAGCCAACGAUAAUAGCAUUGGUCAUUGCGAAGGCAAAAAACCUGAGACUGUACAAGUUUGUAAAAUGGUACUGUGUGCAGCUCACUCAGGAAAAUCCUCCGUUUUUACUCCAAGCAGAGAGAGCAGUGAUCAGGUGACUCCACGUGUACACUGGGUAUCGCAGGUUGUUCCAGAAAACCCCGUUCAUAAAAUUUCUACAAAGGAACCUUGCCUUGGAGAUAAAUCCAUUUUCUGUCAAAUGGAAGUUCUGGCGAGAUACUGCUCCAUCCCUGGCUAUAAUAAGCUGUGCUGUGAAUCCUGCAAUAAGAGGGGCCCCACCUUGUCAACUCCAAUUCCUCAGGCUGUCUCAGAGACCACAGGUACUAGAGGAACCAUCCAUCCCAGCAAUGUCCCAGAAUUGGUGGCAAGCCCAACUACCCAUAACCAGUACCAGACAUCUAGAGCCACCACCACAAGAAAGGGCGAAGGAGCCCUUAUUUCAGAUGCCAGUACUCAAGUUACCGAUCACUCUUCAUCCAAGCGUUUUGCCACAAGAUCUCUGGGAACCACUAACAGGUUUGCUACAGAAAACACCCAUGGCUUAGCAAGCACAUUCAGGUUGCCACCUGCUCAACAGACAAUACGGCACAGUAGUGUGGGCUCGAUAGAUUCCACUGCUGUUCAUCGGCUGUUUACAAAUGGGGACAAGACAUUGCCUCGUACAACCAGUAACAGAAACACAUGGAGCUCAGCGCCUGCAACUGCGCAGAAAAGGGACGACUCUGAAUCACAAGCAGACAUGACUCACAGUAUUUCACCGAUAGCUACAUGAAUUGUCACCAAUACAACAGCACUGCUUUCCUUUGAACUGAAUAGCUGUGCUGUGUGUUACUCUCAGUGGAAAUGUACAAGCCUGAAAACCUCUUGGUGUUAUUGUUUGCCUGGAUGACAGGUAAAGGCAUGUUGUGCUAGCAGACUAAGGACAGCACUGGUUUCAUAUCACAUCCAAGUGAGAUGAUGAUAUAUGUGCAAGCACUGUAAAAGUAACUGCAAGCUCCACCAUUGUUAAAGUAAGCGCAUUCUGAUGAAAAUGGUGCUUUUUUUUAAUACUAAUGAACUGCGCUGAACUAUAUAAAUAUUCGAAAAAAUUUCACAAAUAGUUCACUCAUAAAAUACUUUGUGAUUCUCCGACUUCUAAAGAAAAGUUAACUGAAUGAUUUCAAAAUUAUGGAUUGGACUGCACUCCAACAAAAUAAUGUAACAGUGAUGCACAUAGCUCCUCAAUAUUUCAAGUAUCCUGGUGCCAUAAUAUGUGCUAGGUUUGAGCAAUUUUAAUUAUUGUCUUGGAAACACAUGGUCAGUACUGUUGUGGUCAUUAAAUGAUAUAUUUACAGUUCGAAUGUAUAUAAUGUAAAUGCCAGCAUUCUACAAAGUAACAGCUUUAUGUAGGGUUAAAUGAAUAAUUGCUAUCGUAUGUACAUGUAGUUGUCUUGUGCCUGUACAAAUCCGCCUUAGAUUGCUGCUUAGCACAUCAUUCAUUCCCGAGUACAUAUAUUAACAUAAUUUUGUUGCAGUUUGUAUAGUUCUUGUAUAUAAAUGAAUGAGAGCUUUUAAUUUUAAUAUUUAUUGAAUUGAGUAAAUUUUCAUUUUUUUGCAUUAUUGAAACAAUUUAUUAGAACCCGCCUCCACAUCUAAUCAUUUUUGUUGUCACUUUUGUGUUGAAUAAACAUAGAAGCAGAAUAAGGUAAUUUAUAGAACACCAUUGGACAUUGCCAGUACAGAAUUUAUGUGCUCAUUACACUCAAUACGGUUUUAUUGGAGGAACUAGAUUUUUUUUAAAAAAAUAGCAUUUCUAAGCUAUUAUUUUUCAUUAUUUUUGGGGGAAAAAAUAGCCUAUGUAAAAAGAUUAAAACUCGUGAGAAAAUCUAAGGUCUUGUGCACUGUUGUGAUAAAUCUAAAGACUUAGCCUGAAACAGUGCAAUGGCUGAGUAUUAACUGUGAAAGCAAUACAGUCCGUCAUGAGCUUGAGAAACACAUUUGUGUUUUUCAGAUAUUUAGUGACCUCAUGUUAAAAACAGUGUUUUGGAUCUGCUUUGAAUGUAUCUGAGACCUGUACUAGGUGCUGUGCGUGACUUACAAGCCGCCAUUUAAUUGUUUAAUGUAUAUAUGCAGCUUGUUAGUUUUUUUUAACCUUUAUUUGCUGCUGAGAUGUACAGUAUUUUCAUAAGGAAAUAGUUGAGUACAGUUGAAAGAAUAUGGUACUCACAGCACUUAAAACAGAAAUGAUUAAUUGAUCUACUUAGUCCAAAUAUUUAAGUGCAUCAGCAUGUUGAUUGUAUUGAUAAACAAUGUAUUUGGCUAGGAACUAACCCUCUAAUAUGCAGAAACAAUAGAUUCCAAGGAUACUGCUCGAUUGUGCUAAAGGUGGUAAUAAAUGCUAUUUCAGUUU